CGUAGUCAUGAGUGUCAUUGAGAAGAUCAGUGCGAUUGAGAAGGAAAUCUCCAUCACCCAGAAGAACAAGGCGACGUCCUACCAUCUCGGUCAGCUCAAGAGUCGUCUGUCCAUUCUGCGCAAGCAACUGCUCGAGCCGAAGGGAUCGUCGGGCCCGGCUGUUCAAGGCUUCGAAGUCCGCAAGAACGGUGAUGCCACGAUUGGUUUCCUGGGCUUCCCGUCGGUCGGCAAGUCUACAUUGCUCAGCAACCUGGCUGGCGUUCACUCGGAGGUUGCUGCGUACGAGUUCACCACUCUUACGACCGUUCCCGGCAUGGUGGACUACAAGGGCGCUCGCAUCCAAAUGCUCGAUUUGCCUGGAAUCAUCUCCGGUGCCGCGGAUAACAAGGGUCGCGGUCGUCAAGUCAUUGCCGUCGCGCGAAGCUGCGAUCUGAUCUUCUUUGUGCUCGACGUGUUGCGGCCGCUCAACCAAAAGGCGUUGCUGGAAAAGGAACUCGACUCGUUCGGCAUCCGGCUGAACAAGAGCCCGCCAAACAUUUACUACAAGAAGAAGGACAAGGGCGGCAUCAACCUCACAGCCACGUGCACUCUCACCAACCUUGAUCUCGACAUGGUCAAAUCUGUUCUUGGCGAGUACAAGAUUCACAACGCCGAUGUCAUUCUGCGAUACGACGCGACCGUCGACGAUUUGAUUGACGUUGUCGAAGGCAACCGCGUUUACCUGCCCGCUAUUUACUGCCUGAACAAGAUAGAUCAGAUUUCCAUCGAGGAACUCGACGUCAUUUACAAGAUUCCGCACUGCGUGCCAAUCUCUGCACACCACAAGUGGAAUUACGACGAUUUGCUCGAGAAGAUGUGGGAUUAUCUGUCACUUGUCCGAGUUUACACCAAGCCAAAGGGCCAGCUGCCCGACUAUGAGGCUCCUGUUGUCUUGAAGCGGGGCAAGUGCACCAUUGAGCAUUUCUGCAACCGAUUGCACAAGAGCAUUAUGGCACAAUUCAAGUACGCGCUCGUGUGGGGUUCCUCCGUCAAGCACAACCCGCAAAAAUGCGGCAAGGAGCACAUUCUAGCUGACGAAGAUGUCGUGCAGAUUGUCAAGAAGAUUUAA